GAAAAUUGAAGAAGCAAGAGAUGGUUGAGCCUAGCAUUCCCACCGUUGAUCUCUCACCUUUCCUGACAGAACACAAGGAUGGCAAAACAAAAGCCAUGGAAACAAUCACAAAAGCUUGUUCCGAAUAUGGUUUCUUCCAAAUUGUUAACCAUGGUGUUUCUUUAAAUCUGAUGAAACAAGCUAUGGAACUAUCCAAAACAUUUUUCGAUUACUCAGAUGAAGAAAAGAACAAGAGCAGUCCUUGUUCUAAUGCUCCACUUCCUGCUGGAUACAGUAGACAGCCUUUGCACUCACCGGACAAAAAUGAGUAUUUGCUUGUUUUUUCUCCUGGAUCUAACUUCAAUGUUUUUCCUGAAAGCCCUUCUCAGUUCAGGGAAGUACUUGAAGAACUAUUUGUACGAAUGAGCAAGAUUGGAGUGGUGAUGGAGAACAUUAUAAACGAGUGUUUAGGUCUCCCUACCAAUUUUCUCAAGGAUUUCAACCAUGAUAGAAGCUGGGAUUUCAUGGUGGCUUUGCGUUACUUCCCAGCUUCUAACAACGAAAAUGUCGGAAUCACAGAGCAUGAAGAUGGUAACUGCAUUACAUUUGUUCUACAAGAUGAAGUAGGAGGCUUGCAACUCCUUAGGAAUGAAGAAUGGGUUCCUGUUGUUCCUGCAGAGGGAACCAUAGUUGUUAAUGUUGGUGAUGUUAUUCAGGUUUUGAGUAACAAAAAGUUCAAGAGUGCGACUCAUAAAGUUGUAAGAAAAGGAGAAAAAAACCGGUACUCUUUUGUGUUCUUCCAUAACUUAAAUGGAGAGAAAUGGGUUGAACCAUUGCCACAAUUCACCAAAGAGAUUGGGGAAGCACCCAAGUAUAGAGGGUUCCUUUACAAGGAAUAUCAAGAGCUGAGAUUGAGGAACAAGACACAUCCACCUUCUUGUCCUGAGGAUGUAAUCCACAUUACUCAUUAUGCAAUAGAUACCUAGACACUUGUUCUGUCUGGACUCAUUUGCUAUGUUUUAUAACAUGUUUUCUUGUGAUGAAUCAUUAUGUCUAUCACAUUUGGUCAAGCAGUGUGUUAAAAUAAAGAUAAAAGGAGUGAUUGUUGUGUAAGAAAUUUGAUAUCAGGCCUAGUGGUAUUGAGAUAAAGGAGUUUUCCAUCC